UUUAAAAGCUUUUCAUUUUCAUUCAAUAGGUUUAUUGUGACAAUCUGUUUUGAUGAGGCAAUUAAAUUGAUAUUUAAAUUAUAGAAUCAUCAUUCGUAAUCGUAAAUUUUGCCAUUAAUUGAGUCCAUAAAAAUCAUUGGUUAAAGUGUUAAUAACUAAAACUGCCUGUCACAUUAUGGAUCAAGCUAUUUCAACCAUAAAAUACACUAAGAUUUUUAUUAACAAUGAAUGGUGUACUGCCACUCAUGGUUUUUCAUUUGAUGUUAUCUGUCCAAUUGAUGGAAGAAAGAUUGUUUCUGUCGAGAAAGGAGGAAAAGAGGAUAUUGACAAAGCGGUGAAGGCAGCACGACAAGCAUUCAAGUUAGGCUCAACAUGGCGAACUAUGGAUAGCUCCGCUCGGGGUCUAUUGCUUUAUAAAUUUGCUGAUUUAUUGGAAAGAGAAAAAUUAUCUCUAGCUAAACUAGAAACUUUAAACAAUGGUAAACCAUUGAAUGAUGCGAUUGGAGAUAUCGAGGCAUCAGCCUGCGUUUUCCGAUAUUAUGCUGGUUUGGCUGAUAAAAUACAUGGAAAAACAAUACCCGCUGAUGGACCAUUAUUUGCCUUUACGAGAGCUGAACCAAUUGGUGUUUGUGGACAGAUCAUUCCGUGGAAUUACCCAAUCAUGAUGAUAGCUUGGAAAUGGGCUCCAUGUUUGGCAGCUGGAAAUACAAUUGUCCUUAAACCUUCUGAUAUGACCCCGUUGACCGCACUGUACUGUGCAUCUCUUACUGUUGAAGCUGGAUUUCCUCCAGGAGUAAUUAAUGUCGUACCAAGUUUUGGACCAGAGGCUGGAUCAGCAAUUGUACAACAUCCUGAUAUUGAUAAAGUUUGCUUCACAGGUUCAACUGAUGUUGGAAGGUUAGUCUUGCAAGGAGCAGGGAUUUCUAAUAUUAAAAGAGUGACUUUAGAGCUUGGAGGAAAAAGUCCUCUUGUGAUUUUUAAUGAUUUUGAUGUUUCGCAAGCUGCACAGAUUGGACAUAAUGCUGUAUUCACAAAUAUGGGACAAAAUUGUUGUGCUGGUACUCGUACUUAUGUCCAUGAGUCAAUUUAUGAUGAAUUUGUUGCUAAAAGUGUUCAGUUAGCAAAAGAACGAAUCGUCGGGGAUCCAUUCUCUGAAAGUACUCAACAUGGUCCACAAAUCAGUCAACAACAGAUGGAAAAGAUUUUGAAAAUGAUUGAAAUGGGUGUUAAAGAAGGAGCCAAACUUAUGACUGGAGGAAAAAGAAUUGGAGAGAAAGGCUUCUUUGUUGAACCAACUGUAUUUGCUGAUGUUGAGGAUCAUAUGACUAUCGCUAAAGAAGAAAUUUUCGGACCUGUUCAAUCAAUUUUAAAAUUUUCAACCCUUGAAGAGGUUAUUGAACGAUGCAAUGCAUCGAAAUAUGGAUUAGGAGCAGGAAUUUUAACUUAUGAUAUUGAUAAAGCGUUAACUUUUGCUCAAUCUGUACAAUCUGGAUCAGUUUGGAUCAAUUGUUACGACGCCAAUACCACUCAAACACCUUUUGGAGGCUACAAAAUGUCCGGAUUUGGAAGAGAAUUAGGCGAAGAUGCAAUCAAAGAUUAUACAGAAGUCAAAUCGGUCAUUGUCAAAAUUCCCCAGAAGAAUGCUUAACAUCAACCACAUGGCUGUUUAAAUUCUCUCGGCAUUCAUUUUACUCAAUUUGGGAUCUUCCAACUCAAAAUUAAAUAAUUCUCAAAUAAAAAUCUAGUAAUAACAUGUAGCUUUUGAUUCUGGAAUAAGCUAUUUUGUGUAAACCAAGUUAUAUUUUGUAUUAAUCGUUAUCUAAAAUCGGUAGCGAGUAAUUGCAAAAUAAAUAUUAAUUUUUGUUGCCAUCAA